CACACAUAGCAACCCAGCUCAACACAGAAAACCUGCUCGAUGACAGCCGCCCGGCACUGCGGUCCAGAUUUGUACCGACAACCUCAAUGACGGCGGCUCAGGCGGAUAAGGCUCCUUCUACAGUCACAAAUGGGGAACCCGACGAGUCUCCAACCUCGACAGCAUCGAGCAACUUUGAGCAGCUCGUGCGGGACACGGAGAAUGCGUUUGAUGCCGUCAACUCUGCUCUGGUUGAAAUGAGAGCCAUUCGGGCUAGCCACGCCUCCUCUCCGUCACUUCCCCCUACACCACCCCCCAAAGAUCCUGCUCGCUCAGUACCACCAAAGUCUGCAGCCCGCACUGCAAGACAGCCUUCGCUGCCGCCUCGGAGAAAGUCGACCAAGAGCGUGAAGAGCCAGAAGUCGCAAAAGUCCUUGAAGUCGAGAACCUCACCACCCCGACGAAAAGCCACUACCGCCUCGAGGGCGUCUUCAAAGAAGGCUGGACGACGAUGGGGCAUCCCGGGCAACAUGUCGGACUUGUUCAGCAUGAGGAUGUUCCAAAAGAUCGAGGCCGACGAGGUUGUCACACCCAUCCAGAUCGAGGCAUUCAAAAUUCGAAAGAUGUCCCUCGCUCUUGCGGAGCAGGAGGUGCAAGAACGGGAGAAGGCCGCGGGGUCGCGGUCGUCUCUCGAGUCGAUGCUGCCAGAUCAGAGUGAAUCGAGCAACGGCUCUUCCACGGGUCCCAGGACGCCACCGCUCGUCGACAGUCCUUCAUCAAUUUACAGCAGCGACGAGCCGACGCGGACGGCUCUCAGCCUUGCAACCGUAAACUCCACUGCGAAAGACCUGGACGGCCGUCUGUCUGAUGACGAGCCCGGUUUCACAUUUCUUGACGACAGCACGCCGUCAGAGUGCGGCAGCCCAGUCUUUACAUCUCAGGAGGAAUUACCUUCUCUGCCGUCGCCGCCACCGCCGCUUCCGCCCGCCAAGAACCCGCUUCGGUCCGCGCUUGCCAGGAAGAAGCUGUCACCCCUGCUGCCCUCAUUGCCCGAAGACUCGGAAGCCUCUGCAAUGAUCAGCGAACCACCGUCAUCCAGCAGCAGCAGAGGCAGCGGAGACUUUGUAUAUCUCCCGUCUACGCCUUGUACUCUGACUGCGCCCCGCUUCCGCCAUGGUCACAUCCGUGUCUCGCGGCCGCCGAUGCCUCAAGAUGGAAUCAUGGGGUUCGACGACGGGCUCGAUUGGACUGCAUUCCAGAUGGCGAUCCAGGGUGGUGCCGGCGACUGGUAUUCCGAGAACGAGGAGACAACCCGCCGCCGAGAGGCUGACGAGGCCAAGGAUGUCGUGGCCUGGUGGACGACCUGGAACUUUGAGAGCGCAGGAGCACUCGUGUCUGCCGAUCAGAAAAACCCUGACGCCACCGUGCAGCCGAGCGACGGCAGCGGUAGCGGCAGUGGGAGGAGCAGCAUGGACUCUAGCGAGAACGCCGACUCGUUCACGUGUCUGUCCGACGGCUCAGAUGAGCACGACGAAGACGAAGACGACGACGAAGAGGAUGUGGAUGAGCUCUCUGACGACCUCGCGGCAUACUCGCUGUCGCCAUCGAAUCCCUACAACGCCCAUCGCAAGUGGAGGAAUGCCGACGACACCGAUGACAGCGCAUCGGCGACAAGACGGCUGGAAAUUGACACCUCGAAGCAGGUCCUCAUGCUGGACGCGACCGCCGCCGCCGAGGGUCUCCAGGUCGUCCACAACUCGAGCAGCGACAACGUCGACUUUGUACCGAUGGGCUGCAACUUGACGUCGGACCUGGGCGAUUUUCUCCGCUGGGAGGCCGAGUACGCGUUUGCUGGCAAUUUUUACUCUGGGCCUACUCGGUGAUAUUAGUCUCAUUUGGUGAUUUCGCAUUGCAAAGGCGUACUGGGGCUGGAGACUCCGCUACCUAUUCUUUUUUUUUUUCGUCUGCCUGUGAAAUGUCGUUUAGCAAUGGGGGGUUCUCAGGUGGUUAGCUUGACGCGCAUCAUGCCCAAUGUCACGAUGCGGAAUAUCACGAUACCCCUUGUGUGGUGUCCCAAGGUAUUUGGGGCAAAAAGAGCCACACACCUCAUUUCUUUUGUCCUGGGUUGUGCCAAUACUGGGAGCAGUUGUUUUUCCCAAGUCUGCAUGCAUGCGCGGAGUCCUUGCGCGGCGGCUUUCAAGUCUAAUUGGGUUUUGAGGUUGUCAGCGCGGUUUGCAAUCUAUUAUUAUGCUGAGAGACUUGGGUCUCUGGUACUAGACUUGGCCGUAGAUCAAUUUUGGAUAAGCCAAUCUCGAGCACAUACCUGUG